AUGACCACUUCUUCCAAACCGGCAAAAGAAAAUUGGUAUCUGUCUAACCUUCUUGCAUAUGACACACUCCCGAAUCACCACGACUGUCACUGUGACUUGAUAUUAUCUCAUGCGAAGUUCACUGCUGAUACUAGAACAGAUUUCUAUGACCGCAGUAUGACGACUCGCAGAUAUGCCCUUGUCGGAGUAGCAUGCUCAAGUAUCUUCAGCUGCUCAUGCAUCAUUGCAGGCAUUGUCACUUUAGCCAAUCACGGAGUCUUGGGAGUAGCCGUGGUCAAUCCUGAGAAGUGGGCUCAGUUUCCCCUACAGGGGGAUAUAUUGGCCAUGACACUUUACUUAAUCGUCACGUUAUGCACCGAGUCCAUCAGCUUCAUACACGGCAUCUCAUUGCGCUCUGCGCUAGCCUCAGAGUCUCGGUUUCGGUUUCGGUUCGACACCAAUCUGCGCCCUCUGACUGCAGCUCGUGUAUGGUAUAACCCUAAUGGCGCCCUGCUUAAUAGUGUCUCGGCUGUCCUCAUUAUAUCCUACAGCUCGGCCUCACUCCUUGUAUGUCUCGACUGUCAAAUAACGCCACAAACAUUUUGGGAGGGUAUUGCCAUUGCAGGGUUACCUCUCCUCUUUUUGGGCGUCGCACUCCUCUUUCAGGUGAUGAUCGCAUUAUCAGGGAUAUGGGCUGCCAAAAUAUUGACGUGGAGCUCCUCACCUUUCGACUUGACUACCGCAUUGGUCCACCACGUGCAAUUGACCCCUGCUGCUUUCCGGUGUAUGUGUUGUGACCUAGACAUGGACGGAGGUCUAGCGAGGCCACCAGAGAUAUGGUCCUUUGCGUAG